AUGGAGAACUUUGACUACGAGGCUUUGAACCGCUGCUUCUUCGAGUCGCACGAGUUCUGCGAGUUCAUGGAGUCACCCAUGUACGACUCGUGCUCAUCCAAUGACGCGUCGCUGGCGACGCGCCGCCGCCGCCGCCGCCGCUCGGGCGCCACGCAGCAGGUCCAUCAGCGGCACGCGGCCAAUAUGCGCGAGCGACGCCGCAUGCAGAGCAUCAACGACGCGUUCGAGGGCCUGCGCACGCACAUACCCACUCUGCCAUACGAGAAGAAGCUGAGCAAGGUGGACACGCUCCGUCUGGCCAUCGGCUACAUCAGCUUCCUCGGCGAGAUGAUAUCGUCCGACGACGGCCAGCAAGCGUCACACAAGCUCAACGGAGAGCUGCCCAAGAAGAUCGUGCUUCAGUCGAAAGAUGGCGGCCAGCUGCGCGGCCACUCGCUCUCCUGGUCGCACGAGCGUCCACUGGCUACCAGCAACAGCCAGAUCAGCACCAAGCUCUGGCACCCGGAGGACCCGCGCGAGAAGCCCGUCGAGGAGUUUCCGUUCGGCUCGUGAUGUGGCGCUGUGUCGUGCGCGGCCGCCGUGACGCCCGCUCUGCUGCGUUUUGUCGCGCGCGGCAGCGCGGCACCGGCCGGGCGGAGGCGGACACCGCCACCGUGUCUGACCUCUUCGUGAUGCCGCACGGCCAAAAUGGCGCAGAGGCAGGCCGAUGUGGACAUAUAGAGCGCACGCAGAAACACGCUCCCAAGAGGCCAGCACGCUCGCAGCCAUUGCCGCCGACGUCAUCUGCAGGGAAGGGUCACUGUCGCGUGCGCCCCUCGCCAAUUAUUUGGUGAGGAACAGCCGAAGGAUGCGGGCCAUUCACGUGUAAUAAGUUCUGAGUCCCCGCUCGCAGGCACGGCCCAACGUGACGACUCUGUGACGCGGCGCGUCCCUCCUGCUGCGCUCCGAGCUGCCGGCCCACAACCAGCGCGCAUUGGGCGGUGUCUGCUGACCCGAACCCAGCACUCCGACAGCGGUCUGUGCCCUGCGAGCUCGCCGAGCCCGCCUGCCAGUGCCCAUCUCCUGCGCGGAGGGCUCCGAGCGCGCGGCCCGGUCUCAGGAUCGGGCGCUUGGAGUUCGGCGUUUUGUGCACUGAACCUUUGGGUCGCGUCCCGGCUCCGAGCGCGCGGCGCUUCAUACCAGGGGAAGGGUGCCUGCCGUUACUAUUGCCGGCUGACAGAGCUAUGUCCGUGUGAAGCUGACCACGAGUCGUUCGUUUGUUGCGAUCACCUGAGAGGUUGUCAUAGAGCUUGCGAAGCGUGAGCGUCAUUUAAAUGAACGGACGGUGGUGAGAUGACUGUGGGUUGCAGCAACGGUUAAGAAAAUCAUGCAGCCAGCCCAAUUGGAGUCAAUUUUUUCUAGUCAUCGUGCAAUGUGGUCACGUUUUUAAGGCUGCCUAAUGCGUUGUAUAAUCAUAUUUGACUCAGAUGUUCACCUUCCUUAUAAAAGUGUUAUUUUGAUAACAUGUGAUUAAUUAAUACGCUUACGUCGCAUUCCACACGCGCCGUCUUUGGGGGAAAUGCGGAUGUCAGCUGGACCAUCGUUUGAGUUCCUUAUGCAAAUAUAU